AUGACCAAGAAGAGGAGAAACAGUGGGUGCGCCAAGAAGGGCCGUGGCGGCCACGUGCAGCACAACCGCUGCACCAACUGCGCCCGCUGCGUGCCCAAGGACAAGGCCGUCAAGAAGUUCGUCAUCCGCAACAUCGUGGAAGCCACGGCCGCCAGGGACAGCUCCAAGGCCAGUGUUUUCGACUCUUAUGUGCUGCCCAAACUGUAUGUGAAACUACGUUACUGUGUGAACUGCGCAAUCCACAGCAAGGUAGUGAGGAAUCGGUCUCGCGAGGCACGAAAGGAUCGGACACCCCCACCCCGCUUCAGACCUGCAGGUGCUGCCCCCAUACCCCCUCCAAAGGCCAUGUAA